UGCUUUGCAGUCUGCACUUCUCUAUUGUAAUAUCUGUAUAGCUUUUUUUUGGAGGUUAUGUUCCUCGGUUGGGAAAUUUGUCUGUAUAGCUUCACGACCACGUGGUUAUGUUUGAAACUGGAAUAAGUUGAAUAAUCAUGUUUUUAUCAAUACCAAUGCGGUCGAAGACAGACGAGAUAGACAAUGCUGGUGCGGCACCGUCACAGAGCGAUAAUGAGGAUAACAGUGAUUACGAGAAAAGUGAAGAAAAUGAAUCAGACGAUCAAGAAAUGAAGGAUGACACGGGCGAGGCGUCACAUGACGCUGGAUCUACUGGAAAUGCUGGCUGGGCUGAUGUUAUGCAAAAGAUUCUAAAAAUAAAUAAACCAAAUAACAAAAAGACACUUGUAUUGGCCAAAGCAAAGAGGUUGAACGAUGUAAAAGUAAAGGAAAAAGAAGAUGUCUCUUUCGAGAUUGAUGAUAUUAAAGAGGAGAUCAAAACUGAAUCGGAAGAGGCUGUUGAUAGGAUAGGUGUAACGGUGAAGACUGCACCAGCUAAACCGAGAAGAACGAAGGUCCGUGGUAUCAGAGUAAUACCGACCAUUACAAGUCGGGAGCAUGAGAGAAUGUUACAAAGGGUAGCCACAAAAGGAGUCGUGCAACUGUUUAAUGCAGUAAGGCAGCAACAAGUGGAGAUUAAGACAAAAUUAUCGCAAGCGGGACCAUUAGAGAGAAAACGCGAGCAAGUGUUCAAGAAUAUCGACAAGAAUGCCUUCCUUGAUGUUCUGAUGGGCGGCAGUAAAAGCGUACCAGUUGACAACGCCGUUAAACCUGAGAAGUCUGUCGAACGGACAGACGAUAAAGACAAAGAUCACAAAAUGUGGAGUGUUCUUCGAGACGACUUUGUCAUGGGGGCUAAGUUGAAAGACUGGGACAAGAAGAAUGUGGAAGAAGAUUCUUCAGCUCCUGAGGAUAUGGACAGCGACGUGGAUUGAAAAUAAGAUCUUUCUCAUUUUUUUUUUUUUUUAUAUAAACGACACUUUUUAGAUUACUACAAUUAGUCAUAAAAAUGCCGAUAUCGAUUGUGUACAUAGUAAACUGCAUUGAUAUCUCUUGGAGUAAAGAUGUAAAUAUUGUGAAUUGUAAAUGAACUGUGGACUCUUGAAACGGA